AUGAUUUUUACUUGUUCAAAAUGGUGUCUCUCACCCAAGUGUGAAAUAUAAUCCACACGGUCUAAUUGUUAUUUUUAGCUUCGUGUACUUCUUCAUCUGAAAAAUUACAUAAUGCACUCGAGUUAGUAAAAGAAGAUGGUCCGGGUUUUCAAGUGCUACAACUUUAAAGCUGCUCGAAUUCUGCCUACUGCAGACGAACCUCUUGCCGUCUUUGCCUGCGAUGACCUAGUCUUCGUUGCGACUCGCCAGUGCUCGAUAAAAGUUUUCAAAAAGGAUGACAGUGACAACUUCACAGAAUGGCGAACUUUCAGUACUAUAUGCCUGGUUGAAAAGUUUGCAUACAACAAGCACAAAAACUAUGUUAUCACACUGGAGCAGAAACGUUCUUGGAAAAGCAUAUCAAAGUAUGUCCGCUUGUACCUGAAUUGGGAUCUUGACCUGCCUAAAGCAUCAAAACAACGAACCAAAGUUCGCAUUGCUGGGAAGUCUCAUUCAUUGCAUGUUUCUGGCAGCUAUGCCCAGCAGUUUGAAGUUAUAGAGCUGCCAGUAGAAGGAAGCAUCACAACACUAGAUGUGUGUCAGCUGACAGGAAACUUUGCCAUAGGGCAUGGAAGGGUGGUAAAUUUGUUUCAUAUCAUAGAGAAAACAGUGGGAAACUCAGAAAAGACUUACCAAGAUGUGGAGUCUUUUCUAGAACUAUGCUGGAACUUUGAAGUAAGAUCUCUAUCACUCUCAGGAGAAUACCUGGCCUGCUGUUCUGCCAAAGAAGUGCAGGUGAUUAUUAUCAAAUAUGCAGACAUGGACACUCAGAAUUCACAGAAGAAAAAAAAGUCUCUUGCUGCACGUGAUACAAAUCUGGGCAGUGCCUAUCCAGAGAUGACAUCAAAACACUCAAAGUCUAGACAAGAGAAAAAUCAAGCCCAAUUCCAUAUGGAUGAGACAGAAUCUUUAUCUUCAAGUCCUGACUUUAGUAAUCAGACAUUUUUAUCUUCUGUAAGCAUUAGAAGGCCUUUGUCUGCUGUCAGCAGUAAUCUCCACAUGCAUGGGGAUACCAGCUGUUUCAGCCCAUUUGUUGAUGAUGAAUUCUACCAAGAAUGGUCAUUUGAUGGAGAUGAGGACCUGGUUAGAGACACAUGUGAAAGUUCAGGUAGUCUUUCAAAGCAGAUUUACUUGCCAAGUAUCCAUGCUGGCACACCUUAUCCAAUACAGGAUGUGACUGCUCCUCUUCUUCAAGAUUACAGAGGUGGUCCUGGAAAGUCUUCUUCUGGAGUAAGUGCCAAAACAGUCCUUUACGUUGGUGAUCUCAAAGAACAAGAUGAAUGGAUUUCAGUUAUGCUGUUGCCUUCACUGGUGCCAGAGAAAACCUUUGGGACUACAUCCUCAGCUGCUUGGUCAGGAACAAACCCUCUCAAGCCAACAUCUCUUGCUCAUCGUGGUUCAAUUUGCUGUUACGUCAGUCUCCAAAGGGGAGGCUAUCUUUACAGAUUAAAUCCUGACACAGCACUUGUAUCAAGCUAUCGUUACACAGAUGUUGCAUGUAAGGUCGUGGCAGGCCCACACUUUCUGGAAGUCAUCACUCAGACAGGCCUGGAGACAUACACAGCACGCUGGGGUGCAGUGUCUUUGAGUGCAAUAGAAGCUGUAGAAGGUGGUAGACAAGAUCAGGUACGCCCCCCAUCAAGUCUGGACAUUUGUUUGUGUGGGUUAGAGCCAUUUUUUGGUGCAGUGGACAUCUCACAUGGCAGUGACAGCAUUGCUCUGCUUACAAAGAUUGAUCCACAGAAGGGGCAGGAAGAUGUCCAGUGGAACCUCUACCUGCUGCAGUGCAGCUCAGCAGCAGAUUUCUAUAAGGAUGUGAUAAACUAUGCCACCCGGAUUCAAGAAACUGGCCCUAUGUCUUACCUUCAUCUUCUGCAAGAGGCUCACCUUUAUCUUCGCUGGGAGCUUCGGAGAACCUUGACACCUGAUCUUGACCUUAUAGACCUGUAUCAGGAGUCCUGUGCUUUGCUUGGAGAAUUUUACUCAAUGCCUUACCAAGAAGAAUGGGAUUUAUGUCUGCCAUACUACAAAAUGUCAUGCUUGAGUGUUACAGACAUUGUGAGACAAGCCAUUCAACACAGAGAACAUACUAAAGAGCAUACACCAGUGUAUGUGUAUGGAAGGGGUCUGAUUCAUUACUUAGACUGGGUGCUUUAUCAGUCUGACAUAUCUCUUGAUCUAAGACAGGAUAUCGCCAAUGCUAUUCUUCACAUUUACAGUCAAACAUCUCCAGAGUCAGUUCCUCUACUCAUUCUGUACUCAAAGCUACACAACUUUAGCCCAGAAAAUGCACUGCAGUCACUCUCAGACUAUUUCACAUUCAAGGAAUCUAGAGGGGAGAUAAUCAGCAUUCAAGACAGACUGGCCCUUGUGAAAGUCCAUUUACUCAUGUGUGACCCUCAGGCUGCAGAAAUUGAAUUGUCAGCACUUGACAAGGAAAAACUACUUAGUAUAUGCACUUCUCACCCUCAGCUAAUUUGUAUAGAAGAGGAUUUUACUCCUCUUGGGCAGCUUAUAAGACAACACACCACAACAUUUCUAAUGAGACUGUUGGCAGAAAUGCUGGGUAGUGGUACUAUUAUGCUUGAUGCCUGUCUGAAUCUUUUGGAGAAAAAUAUGGACAUUCCAAGGUACAAAAACAACCAAGUCAGAGAGUUUUUGGAAAUUGUUUUGAAUGACAACAAAAGGAAGUUCUGCUUUGCUGAAUGUGGGAGUAUUCUUUGUAGGAUGUACAUACAAAGAUUACUGCUGGGAUGUGAGUCGCAGACAGCGCGACAGAUUUCAAGCCCUCCUUCAAAGUUUCAGCUGCCAACAGGAAACGGGCAUUUUGCAGCCCGAUAUACUUGGCUAGACUACAUGCCCCCUGUCAAUGACCCAUCUGGUCUGUUGCGCCCAUGCCUCAAUGUCUCCAUGGCGAUUCCUGGUGGCCCUGGAAAUCGUAUUGGGAGCACACCUCUUGCUGUCCAUGCAGGAGGAAUGGGACACAAAGAAUGUGUUGAUAAAGAUGAAGCUUGUACGUGUACCUGUGCCUUUUGCAUUCAAGACCUGCUAAAGCUACAGUCACUGCUUUGUAGUCAAUAUGCAGAUUACCAGCUGCAACAGGAAAUCAUUCAACUUAUACAAGGCCGUCCUGACAUGGCUGGAUGGGACUCCAUCUGGAUGUUGUGCAAGCACAAGGCUCAAUCCAUGGAUGUGGCUGAAUUUGCUGUUGACCGGUAUCCUCACACAGUUGCCAAACUAGCAUCUUCCACAUUUCGCCUGGACCUGGAGAAGUGGCAGUUUCUGCUUCGGUGUCUGGAAGAGAGGCUUCAGGAGACAAGUGCCAGCACUGAAAUCAGCCCCAGCAGCUCCACGAGUACACUGCAGCAACAACUGCUAACUGCUUACAAGGAUGUGUUGGACGAGAUGGCAGAGCUUUUCUCACCAGAAGAAUUUCUAAUGGCACUGCCAGAAAAUGGUAGCCUCAACUUUCUCUUGCCCUUUAUCACUCGAAGUCUUCAGCGGUUUCACCUCUUACAGCUCAAGAACCUCAUCAUGACUAAAGGAAAGGCUCUGCUUGAGCAGCUUUAAAGAGGAUGCAAUUAACAAGCUUCUGACCUGAUGUCAGUUUCUUCUUCUACAAAAUAUAUUUUUGUAUUGUUUAAUUUACAUGAUCAUAUUGUUGUAUAUGAUUGCUGUUUGUGGACCUCGUUAGGAACAAACCUCAAGGACUGUUAUGAAUUGAGCUAAAUUGUUUAAUAAUAAAUAAAAGUUUAAUAUUAUUUUCUUAUUUAUUAUAUGCAUUAAUUAAUAUGAUGUGCUUGCAUUCCUAUAUGUAAAGUGCCUUGAAUCUG